GAGGCGCGCCGCAUCGCCGAGUGGGCCGAGAAGUACGAGCUGCAAGUCGAGGGCACGGUCCUCAGUGAAGGCAAGCAGCUCGCUGCCACGUGCAUUCUGGUCUGGGCGUCCGCCUUCCUUCUGAAGGCAUUUUCGGAGCAGGUCGACAAGGUGGCCUUGCGCAAGGCUGCGAUGGCGGCGCAGUCGGAGCUGGCGAAGUUCAACAAGGGGCUCGGCGACAUCGUGCCAUCGGUGUUGUCCAAGAAGGCCAGCGACGCGCUGGUCUUCAAGUGA